AUGCCACCACCCUCCCGCACAGGGACGCUGCCCAACAUCGCCCGCAACGCCAUCAUCAACUGCGGGGAGCUCGUCACCUACGACCUCAUCAAGGACGCGCUGCUGCGGGCGCAGCUGAUGACAGACAACAUCCCCUGUCACUUCGUGGCCGCUUUCGGGGCCGGUUUCUGUGCCACCGUGGUGGCCUCGCCGGUGGACGUGGUGAAGACGCGGUACAUGAACGCCGGCCCCGGGCAGUACCGCAACGCGCUGAGCUGCCUCCUGGCCCUGCUCAUGCAGGAUGGACUCGCCGGCCUCUACAAGGGGUUCAUCCCAUCCUUCCUGCGCCUGGGCUCCUGGAACGUGGUGAUGUUCAUCUCCUACGAGCAGCUGCAGCGGGUGGUGGUGCUGGCACAACAAUCCCAAUCCUGA